AUGAUCGGGCUCCGCACCGCACGAUUGGCAGCGCUGCGCGGCCUCACGCGUCCCCUCCCGCGCGUGACCCCUGCUCGACCUCCAACGCGCGCAUACUCAACCCCCACCCGCCCAAUCUUGAGGCAACGGCUCCCCGGUCGUCGGUUCAACAGCACCCAUCCGAACCCGCACACGGCCCAUUCGGCCGCCCAAGAACCUCCCAAGACGGCCACUCAGCGAUUCAAGGAACUGACCAAGACGUAUGGUUCCUACGCCAUUAUCAUGUACUUGGCGUUGUCGGCCGUCGAUUUUAGCGUUGCGUUUGCGAUUGUACACAGCGUAGGGGUCGAGCGGGUCGAACCGUACACACACCAACUCGUAAAGUGGUACCGCCGCCUCCGACAUGGCGAGGCUGGAGCCGAGGCACUGGAGAAGGCCGACGCGGCUAGGAAGGCCGCCGACGAGGCUGAGGAAGCGGCCGACGAGACUAUUGGGAAGAAGGACGCUUGGUGGUCGAACAAGGCUUUGUGGGCCGAGAUCGCACUCGCAUACUCUAUUCACAAGGUCGGGUUCUUGCCCAUUCGCGCCGGGUUGACUGUCGCGUGGACGCCCAAGGUCGUUAAUUGGCUUCGGGCACGGGGAUGGAUCGGAAAGGCCGGUACCAAGCGCGCAAUGAAGCAGGGCCAGGAUAAGGUCCGCGGCGCAAUGCAGCAGGCCAAGGAUGUUGCCAAGGACGCGAGGCGCUAA